AGAACUUUAUUCUCAUUGAAGUUCUUUAGGAACUAAAUAAAGAUAAAUUUGUAUAUUAAUUUUUUGACAAACCGUGAGAUCUGAAAUAACGACGCAGAAAAGACACAUUUGCUCUGACAAUGAGAUUUUUAAAAUUUUUUAGGAUAUGUACCUCCGGUUCAUCCUUUCCUUUAUUCCAUAUGACGAGUGCUGACGCAGGUGGUGGACGCGGAGGAAGACAAGCCGAAGGUAGGACAUGGUGCCACUGAAGAAGGGGUACGAAAGUGGAGGUGGGAAAAGUAGGACCGCGUCGGUUCAGCGGGAGUGACAAAAUGCGAGCUGUUUUACUCGCGACAAGUCGCCGAGGUAGAAAAGAGGAUCGAUAGAUCCACGCGCGCGAGGAGAAAGUUAUUACAUAUAUACCUACCGGUAUUCACGUCCGUCUGAUUGCCUACCUAUUUGCCUGAGCACCUGCCAGCGCGUUCGCUCGUCUUGGCUGCCUGCCUACCUGGCCUGUGCCUGCUCGCUUGACUGACUGACUGACUGCCUGCCUGCCUGUCCGCUGUCAUCGCCGCUACGAUCCGAGCACGGAUUCUUUUUCUUUAUCAUCUCUCGCCAUUCAAUAAGGUACAAACGCACAAAAGAGAUGGUGGAGGUGCUUUUGGAUCGAAUCGACGGCCAGGAGGUUACUAUCGUUGAGUCGGACUGCAUACCCGAAUCGUCGCCGGAAAAUUCGCCGGUAAACGAGAAGUUAUCGCCAAUACAGGAGUUUUAUUAUGGCCAAACUAUUUUUAUCACCGGCGGCACUGGUUUCAUGGGCAAGCUACUCAUCGAAAAGAUCCUCAGAACGUGUCCCGGAGUGACGUCGAUCUACCUUCUGGUGCGUCCGAAAAAGGGCAAGGACGUACACCAGCGCACCGAAGAGAUCUUCGACGAUGCGGUAUUUAUGAAGCUUAGAGACGAACUGCCUAAAUUCCGGCAUCAGAUCGUUGCCAUAGCAGGAGACUGUAGUCAACCGAAUCUCGGAAUGUCCGCGCAAGAUCGGGCCACUCUCAUUCGAGAAGUUUCGAUCGUUUUCCACGUCGCGGCUACGGUCAGAUUCGACGAGAAGUUGAAAUUAGCAGUACCCAUUAACGUCAGAAGCACGAGAGACGUUGUAAAUCUUUGUAAAGAAAUCACAAACUUGAAGUCUUUCAUACAUGUGUCAACUGCAUAUGCAAAUUGUCCUCAAAGCCUAAUCGAGGAGAAAUUUUAUGAGCCUCCAAUGGAUUCAGACAAAUUAAUCGCGUUGAUGGAAUGCGUGGAAGAUAAGUUGGCUGAAGAUAUUACUCCGCAAUUAUUAGGAAAAUGGCCAAACACCUAUACUUUCACGAAAGCAGUUGCUGAGAACGUGAUUAGAAAACAAGCUGGCGAUUUGCCGGCCGGCAUCUUUCGUCCCGCUAUUGUGAUCUCAACGUAUCAGGAACCGAUGCGAGGUUGGAUCGACAACUUGUACGGUCCAACGGGAGUUGCAGCCGGUGCUGGAACUGGAUUGCUGCGAUCGAUUCAUUGCGACGGCUCAGUACACGCAAACGUGGUACCUGCCGAUUUAACGGUUAACGCUCUAAUCGCAUGUGCAUGGGACGUAGCGAACGAUCAAAAAACAAACAACAAAUCGCGUAACGACAUUCCGAUUUAUAAUUACGUGUCAACGGACAAUCCAAUAACUUAUGACGAACUGAAGGAAAUGUCAGCGAAAUAUGGGCUAGAAAUUCCCUCCAGCAGAGCGGUUUGGUAUUACAGCUUUAGAAACAAUAAACACAGGAUAGUCCAUCUCUUCUUCGUCUAUUUCUGGCAUCUGUUUCCAGCUUUACUGGUUGACACCGCAACUGUUUGCAUAGGAAGACAGCCGAGGUUGCUUAAGGUUUACAAGAAGAUACACAGAUUUAUGGAUGUGUUGAAUUACUUCGCCACGCAAGAAUGGAAAUUCACUAAUAACCGAUUACAAGCGCUGAUAACGAAACUUACGUUCAAAGAUCGUGAGCAGUUCUAUUGCGAUAUACGUAAUGUUGAUUGGAAUACUUACUUCGAGACGUAUAUUCGCGGAAUAAGGGUGUAUCUCAUUAAGGAUCCCUUAGAUACCUUGCCGCAGGCACGCGUCAAAUGGCAAAGAUUAUAUUGGAGCCAUCAAGCGUUGAAACUCAUACUGGCCUACAUUGGCAUGAGGUUCUCCUGGACGGCCUUGUCUAUACUUUUUGAUGUUCUUUAUCAAAAACUGUGACAGCAAUGAGCGAAUGCGAUAAAAUGAUCCGAAAUUCAGGAUAUACAUCUUGGAGGUACAGAAUUGAACGGUGGAGGGCGAUAUCUUGUGUUUUUUAAGGAAGAGGCGUGACUGGACUCUCAGAGAAGCGUUGAAACUUCGUCAAAAGAUAUGGAAGAAUUAGAAAAGAGCUAUGUCGUAACCCUGUAUACAGAUUAUUGCGAAAUGGAAAUUAAAAUUAAAAUUUAGUUUAUUUAAAUAGGCGAAAGAACAAUAAUUUAUUGUCUAUUUUGUCUACGACAUUUAAAUUCAUUGAAACAUUUACACUCUCGAGAUUUAAAUGCUGUCGUUAAAAUAUUACUAUUACAGGAUUACUAAUUACAGGAUUUCAAUAAUAUUCGGGAAAAAUUUUUGUAUAUGUAAUUAUAUAUAAUUAAUAUAUAAUUUUUAUACACAUUUAUAUAUAACUAUGUAUAAUUAUACAUGUUUUAUAUAUAAAAACUUUUUUCCCGGAUAUUGGGGCAUCUAGGAGCCGUUUUAUCUAUCUUGAUAAAUUGAUGAAAGUUAUCUAUAAUUAAUAGUAAUAUUUUAACGACAGCAUUUAAAUCUCGAGAGUGUAAAUGUUUCAAUGAAUUUAAAUGUCGUAGACAAAAUAGACGAUAAAUUAUUGUUCUUUCUCUCAGCUGUGUGAGAGCCCUUUGGUUCGUUCAUAAUUCAUAGUGCAUGUCUAAGUAUCUAACAGUAAAAACAAAAGUACGGUUAUCAGGCAAAAAUUAUCGAGUUUAAAGUAUAAUCUUUUCUGUUUUUAUUAUCUUCUCGCGAAACAUUACGUACUCAUUUCGUUCUUCGCCUUCGCCGAAAUGCCGAUCCUUCGCGCGCACUACUAAAUGCUGAUUCGUGAAAUAAGUGAACAAUUAAUCUAUUUAAAUAAACUGAAUUUUAAUUUUAAUUUCCCCGAAUGUUUAAGCGUCAACUCUCACUAAUUAUGCGUCACACAGUUUCGAUUUCGACAGAAUAACAAUUGAACAAAGAACUGUUUUUCGCGACGGCCAGAAAAAUCCACACAACACUACCACAACAUUACCACACAAAAGCGAAAGUGAGUCAAAGUCGAUGUGCAAACUUCUCUUUACGUUAUACGGCUUUAUGCAAUCCGAUCAAAUCCACGAUCAUGCUCACCCGUCGUCGCUUAAUUGUUCACUUAUUUUACGAAUCAGCAUUUAGUAGUGCGCGCGAAGGAUCGGCAUUUCGGCGAAGGCGAAGAAAGAAAUGAGUACGUAAUGUUUCGCGAGAAGAUAAUAAAAACAGAAAAGAUUAUACUUUAAACUCGAUAAUUUAUGCCUGAUAACCGUACUUUUGUUUUUACUGUUAGAUACUUAGACAUGCACUAUGAAUUAUGAACGAACCAAAGGGCUCUCACACAGCUGAGAGAAAGCGUACUUUGUUGACAGUUGCGGCGUGCAGACGCACACAUAUAUGCGUGCGCGCGAUUAUGCGUGCCAGCGUGCUCGUCCGUAUUAUGGCAAUGUUGUGGGUAUGUGGCGAUGCAUAAUGAACAGAUCGAGAUGCGACGGCUAUUUAAGUAUAAUUCGUUGCGAACGCGAAUACGUUAGUCGUUAACGGACGUUAACUUGGAAAGGCUCGGAUUUCGAAGCGCCGCGACUAGUCGGCUUAGCUGUAUAAAGUCUGGCGGAAUUUUAUCAACGAAUCAAAUCAUGCAUAUACAUAUUGUCUAGAAACGAGAGGAAAAAAAUACAAAAAAUGAUUAUUUUAUCCGUUUUAUCUCGGCCAUUGAAUUAAUAAGGCGAACACGAUUGUUUAAUUAAUUCACAAUAUUUAUUUUGUUUUCAUUCUUACGUCUCUGUUUUCUACCGGGUUGGUAAUAUUAAAAUAAUGUAAGAAUACAGAAAACAGAGACGUCGUUCCCAAUAAAAAAUAUUAAUGACGCUCUUCGAUUCAACAAUGUCGAGGAACGUGAGUGUGAGAGUGCAAGGUAAUUACCUAUUACGAUUCUCCGACAGAAUGCUGAGAUCGCAAAAAUCAAUCAGAUCGUGGAGGAAAUUAGAAUAAAAAAAGAUAAGUUUGGCCCAUGAGGGGAUCGAACCCGCGACCUUCGCGUUAUUAGCACGACGCUCUAACCAACUGAGCUAAUGGGCCAGACGUUGAACAGUUGCAAAGUAAUUCCUUUCGAAGACGUAUGAUCUCUUGAUCAAAGUAUUCACGUAAGAAUGAAAACAAAAUAAAUAUUGUGAAUUAAUUAAACAAUCGUGUUCGCCUUAUUAAUUCAAUGGCCGAGAUAAAACGGAUAAAAUAAUCAUUUUUUGUAUUUUUUUCCUCUCGUUUCUAGACAAUAUGUAUAUGCAUAACAUAAUUCAAUUGAGUUUCAAUUUGAAUGGGAUACACUCGAUGGGAAGUGUGCGAGAAAGAUCAGAGAGAUGUGUAUAGCGAGUAUGCGAGCGUCUUGAUAGUAUCAUAUAGUCGUUAUUGUUGCAAAAUAUCUCUUAUUAUAAGUUCACGUAUAAGAUUUUGUAAAAUAAAGAUAUUUGUAUAUACAUAUAGAAGUA